GAAGCCGACAAGAUCACAAAUCGCAGCGCCUCGCCGGCAGCAAUGGCGGUCGGUGGAAGAGCUCGGUGCAGUGGACGCCGGCCCAAACCCUCCAUUGAAGGGCUGCACUGCUGUCUGUCUGUCCGUCUGUGUUUCUGACGCGCGCUGUCCGUGGUCGGAGCGGACGUGGAAUCCUAUAGGAGCCCAGAUUCUUUCACCACGGGCCGGCCUCGUGCGGGAAAAGUUGGCCCUCGCCAGAUUCGGCCCAUCUCCUCGUGUUCUGGUGCCUCACGCGUCCUCCAACCGCACCAAUCGAUCUCAUCUCGGUAGGGAAGGGAGGAGCGGCGAUCCGUCGGCGGCGGCGGUUGUGGAGGAGCAUGGCCGACCCACUCCCCGAGGAAGAGUGGUCGAAUCGGGAAGAGGGAGGUGAACGCGACCGCGUCGACGGUGAGGACGAGGACGACGUCGACGGCCUCGCCAGCUUCCUCGAAUCGGAGAUACUCUCUGGAUCCGGGGUAGGGGAUCCUCUCGAUCAGCAGCAGCAGCAGCAGGAGGCGGAGAAGGAUGAGCGGGUGGAAGGUGAGGUUGCGAAGAAUAAGCGGAAGCAGGACUCGGGGUCGAACGGAGAUGGAGGGAACGGUGCCGGCAGCGGCAGCAGCAGUGAGGGGGAGCAGAGCAAGAGAGUGAGGAGGGUGGAGAGGAGAGCGCAGGCGAAAGGGGAAGCUGUGGCGCCUCAGAUCGACACGGGCAUGUUCAGCAAUAUCCCGCCGGAGCUGUUCCUACAGAUCUUCAAGUUCCUCUCUUCCGAAGACCUUAUCUCCUGCGCGCUCGUCUGCCGCUUCAUGAACGCUGCCGCCUCCGAUGAGACGCUCUGGCGCCGCCUGUAUUGCAUGAGGUGGGGCCUGGCCUCCAAUGCCAAACUCAGGGAGUGCGCUUGGAAGAACCUCUACAUCCAGCGAGAUAGAGAGGAUAUGGUUGAAUUUGUGAGGAAUACCCCUACAGAAUUCAAGGAGUACUAUAUCCAGAUGCAGGCCGCAAAAAGGAGUCAAGCUCCCCUUCCCUCAGAGGUCAACGAUGACAAGGUUAUCCUUGAUAAAACAAUAGCUGAUCAGGUGUCUAGUUGGAAAAGCAGCAGAGGGCUUACUGAUGAAGCAGUCAAGGGGCACUCUUGUUCUGGAACUACUUGCUCUUACACCCAGAUUGGUGAUGCAUACAUUUGUGAGAAGACUGGUUGUGUCCACGUUUGUGAUGAAGCUUGUCGUGAGUUUAUAUUGGACCAAUCUAGUGGGCUACUUCUUUGUACGAUAUCUGGGCAUUGCUUUGAGAGAUGGCUGUGUCCUGAGGAUGAAUGGGACACUUAUGAUUCUGAUCAGCAACAAGGUGGUGUCGCUGAUGAAGCAGAGCCAUUCAUGGGAUCUGGACGAUUUGCACGUGCAUAUAUGUUGGGUUACAACUGCACUGAUGAGAAGGAACUUGAACAUGCCUUGCGAUUCUGCUGAUACGCCCGGCUGAGAUAAAGCUUCUACUUGUGAAGAGGAAAUAAGUAGGAUGUAGCCUUUAUGCUAUGUUUUACCUAAAUUUCGGCCUCCAGAAUGUAUCUAUGAAUGUAACUCCUGUGCAUGUGCCAAUACUAUUGAGCUGAAAUGCUGACCUGUUUCGAUCAGUUGAGGGAUCUGUUAUGUUGUUGUAUAGUUUACUAAAUUAUCAAGAUGUAUGCCUUCAUUUUUCUGGUUAUGAAUUCUUGUCUUGUCUUUC